AUGUGGAUCAAAUCUGGCCCGUUGAGCCGGUUUGUAAGGGGUUCAGAACCAGUGGGGGUGCUUCGGUCCGGCUUUUCUCGCCUCAACCUCAGUAACCAGUUUAAAGUUCAGGACGCUGCUGGGUUUCCAGGAGUUCUGGAAAGCAGAACCAGGUCAAACAGCACAAUGUUCUGGAGCUGGAGUCGGCCCAAAAACCCCGACCGUUCUCCGUUUGAACUGAGGCAUCGCCGGGCGGGUCUCCCCCCUCAGCCCAGCUCACAGCGUUACCUGCUCCAGCCUUCUCAGUAUUCCCUCUCAAAUGGUUUGAAUCCAUCGCGGGUCAGCGCCCACAGCAGGUCGACUCCCCUCGUCCCAAAUCAGCAUCACCGUAAUGAGCUGCAGCUCUGCCUCCACCUCUCCCCACUCACUUUUCCUUUUUCCUCCAUCCCUCGUUCAAUCUUCCUCAGCCCGAACAUCUCAGGAGACGGAGAAUUACGGGGAGGAGGCGGUUCGGGGGUGCUCUCCGGGCACAGCAGGCUGGCUGCGAGCACCAUGGCAGUGGCAGGGGAAUAA